AUGCGUGCGUCCCAGUUGAUUUUGCUACAAAUUCAUAGCAAGGCAAAGAAGUUUGAUUUCGCGUCUAAAGUAUUGACUUGGUGGUCGGUGAUAUUGUUGCGUUUGUCCAUAAGAUCCUUUGGAGGUUGCGACCAAAUCAGAUAUCGAGGUCGGCUGCCUGUAUGUGCCCUGGGCGGAGGGCUCGUGAUUCGUCAACAGGUAGACCUGCUCGAGCUUGAGAUGCUGCCAGUGGCUUCUCAAAACCAGGGAAGGCAUCGCGAUGCCCUGAUUGGAGACCACAAAUGGAGGCUCGGAAUCAGUACCUGCCGCGAACGAGAAUGGUGA